AUGGAGCUUCAAAAGAAUACUCGGACGUCGUCAACACCGUCCAUUCUAGAUGCAACUCCUGACAGAGCUGAGAGGCCGCGAAAACAACCUCGUCAGGAUGCUGAAUCUUCUCCAGAGUCACCGUCAACGAAGACUCCCGUACGAUUCAACAAGGACGCAGUGUUAAUCACAAAGAACCAGUGGUCUCCGUCCGCGAGGGGAAGUUCUAUAGCGAAACGAGCAUCCCAGCGGUUUUUAAGUGGGUUGGAAAAUGAGAAUCAGGGACCGGAAAAGAAUGUGUCUGAAAACGAGACGGCUGUAGAGGUAGAGAAGGCCACAGUUAACUCACCUCCCCCGGAUGAAAAAGAAGAAGUUAAUGAUGAUACCUUUAAAGAAGCUGGUGAAUUUAAGUCUCGUUUGGUAGUUCGAGAGCUACGGUUACAUAAUUUCAAGUCUUAUGCUGGAACACAGAUUAUCGGUCCUUUUGAUUACUCAUUUUCUGCAAUUGUUGGACCCAACGGGUCUGGAAAAUCCAAUGUCAUUGACGCAUUAUUAUUCGUCUUCGGCUUCCGGGCUAGUAAACUUCGACAAUCAAAACUUUCUGCACUGAUUCAUAAUUCUGCAGCAUACCCUUCCUUAAAUUCGUGUAGCGUCGAAAUUGUUUUUUCAGAGGUUAUCGAUACUGAUGACGGAGUAAUUCCCGUUGACAAUUCUGUUCCUUCUUCGCGGAUUUCUAUUCGAAGAACGGCUUUUAAAAACAAUACAAGCAAGUACUUUUUAAACAAUAAAGGCGUUGAUUUGGAUCACAAGCGGUUUUUGAUUCUUCAAGGUGAAGUUGAAUCUAUUGCGCAAAUGAAACCACGAGCUUUGAAUGAUAAUGAUGACGGACUAUUGGAGUAUCUGGAGGACAUUAUCGGCACUUCUAAGUACAAAACUGCUAUUGAAGAAAGUCAAGAACAACUAGUUGGUUUGAACGACGUCUGUCUUGAAAAAGAACAUCGAUUUAAGCUUGUCGAAAACGAACGUUCUGCUCUUGAACGCCAAAAGACUGAAGUUGUGACGCAUUUGUUAAAAGAAAAUACCCUUGCUUUGAAACGAUCUGCUCUAUAUCAACUUUAUCUCAUGGAGUUUGGAAAUAAGAAGUCGUUACUCCAAGGCGUUAUAAAUAACUUAAAUGAAAACCUUGAAAGCGGACGGCAAAAGUACAAGGUCAAUGAAGACAAGAUUCAAGAGCUUAAUAGCGAGUUACAACAACUUCAACAGUCCUCUGUUUCUGCAACGAAAAAAGAAGCCGAACUUAAAGCCAUUUAUCGUAAGAAUGAACAGAAACUUGUACAAACGGAGGAGCUUUUAAAGCACUUGCGUUCUAAGCUAAAAAAGCUCAUAAAACAGAUGGAUUCAACUACUCUGAAGCAUUCUGCUGCUAAAAGUUCUCUCGAAAAUCAUGAAGAAACAAUCAAGGACAAGUUUGCAGAACUACAGAGUGUAAAAGGCAAGCUUGAAACUGAACAGAAGCAACUCAGCAUAACCAUGGAAAACCUUCGCGAAAAGACGAAAGAUAUAUCUAACGAAAUUGAGGCCAAGCAAAAGCUAUUGGCGCCGUCCAAGGAAGAAAUUAAUCGACUUGAAUCGGAAAAACAAGUUGCAUCAGCAGAACUCAAUGUUAUUUACGAAAAUGAGAAUGCUGUGAGAAAGUCCCUUGAAGACUUGGAUGUACAGUACAAUCAACUUCGAGAAGGUUAUAGCACAGCAAAGACCGAAUACAAAUCCAAACUUGAAGUCUUGGCUAAGGAGAAAGAGCAACUCGAACAAGAAAAAGCGACACUCUCGCAGCAUGAACCAAUCAUGCAAAAAUUGCGCGCUAAAUUGCGUUCGUGCCAAGUUCAGGUCGAUGAAAUUCGCUCUUCUUUACAAGCUUCAAAAAAUCGAGGCAGUGUACUAAAUGGUUUGACACAGUUACACCAAGCUGGUAAGCUUCCUGGCUUCUUUGGUCGUUUAGGAAGCUUGGGUGUCAUUGAUCAGAGAUAUGAUGUUGCUAUCACCACCGCGUGUCCUGCUCUCAAUCACAUUGUUGUUGAGAAUGUUGAAACUGGUCAGCGGUGUAUUGAUUAUUUAAGAAGACAUAAUCUUGGUCGUGCAAGCUUUAUUUUACUGGAUAAAUUGGCCAGAAGAAAUCUGUCGCGCAUAUCAACCCCGGAAAAUUCACCAAGACUUUUUGACUUAAUUAAAUUUAAAGACGAAAAGUUCGCACCGGCCUUUUAUAGCGUGUUACAAAACACUCUGGUAGCAAAUGACCUCGAACAAGCUAAUAGACUUGCCUAUGGUGCUAAGCGUUGGCGAGUUGUAACAUUAGAAGGUCAAGUUAUUGAUAAAUCAGGUACCAUGACCGGCGGUGGUAACAGGGUUUUCCGGGGCGGAAUGUCAAGCAAACUUUCCGCUGAUUACUCUUCUCAGACACUUCAGAUACAGGAGUCUGAGAAGAGUAAAAUUGAAGCUGAAUUCAACGAACUUACUCAUAAGUGCAAUCAAUUAUCAUCUUCAAUUUCUUCAAGAGAAAAUAAAAUUCCUGAGCUUGAAAUGGAAAUCUCAAAACUCGCAAUGGAUGUUUCGUCAAUGAAACAGAAGAAGAAAAAUCUCCAAAGCAUUAUUUUGGAAACUCAGGAAAAACUGGAUAGAUCCAAAGAGACUGAAGUCAGAAUCAACAAGCUGAACGAUAUAAUAUCGAAAGUUGAAGAGAAAAUUGAAGCCAUUCGCUCCAAGAACUCUGUUACGGAAGCAGCAAUUAAAUCUUUGCAGGACAAGAUUAUGGACAUUGGUGGUAUCACAUUCCGUUUACAAAAGUCUAAAGUCGACGAUUUGACAGAGCAGAGAAACUUUUUGCAAGAGAUCAUUGAUAACUCUGAUUUUGAAAAGCAAAAAAUUGUCCAGGAGAUUACACGUCUCUCAAAGGAAAUCUCAAAAGUUGAAGACGAAAAAGCAAGACUUGAACGUGAAGUAUCGGAUAAAGAGAGUUCGAUGGAAUCAUUAAGAAAAAGGGCCAAAGAAAGCGAAGCUGAGUAUGAGGAAGUGCAGCGAUCUAACGAAUCUUUCCGCGAAAAGUUAAAAGAUUUGAACAAUCAGCUUGAAGAAGAGAGAAGCUUAGUCCUCGCUGGCAAAGAAAGUGAGCUGAAAAUUGAGAAUCAACUUAAAGAGCACACAAGUUCGCUAAAGGAAUUGGAUUCUAGCAUUCGCCAUUACUCGAAUCUAAGAUCCAAGCUUUCGUUACAUGAUGUUGCUGAUUUUGUUGAUGAAAAAGCUGAAUACAUUUCUGAAUUACAGGAGUACUCUAACGAUGAGCUUGGCGAUAUGGAUAAAAACAGUCUUAAGCAAGAAAUCGCUGAGCUCAAACAAAAAACAGAGAAUGUUGAGGUGGAUGUUAAUGUUCUCGAAGAAUACAAGAGCCGCCAAGUUGAAGCAUCUAAACGAGAAAAUGAGUUAAAAGAUGAGGUUCUCAGACGUGAUGAAUUGAAAAAGAAAAUUGACGACUUAAAUGCUCUACGUUUAGACGAAUUUAUGGCUGGAUUUAAUGCCAUUUCAAAAAAGCUCAAAGAGAUGUAUCAAAUCAUCACAAUGGGCGGCAAUGCAGAACUAGAAUUGGUAGACAGUUUGGAUCCCUUUUCUGAAGGCGUUGUAUUUAGUGUUAUGCCUCCUAAAAAGUCUUGGAAAAAUAUAUCCAACUUGUCGGGAGGAGAAAAAACACUCAGUUCUCUUGCUCUUGUUUUUGCUUUACACAAUUACAAACCGACUCCUAUCUAUGUUAUGGAUGAAAUUGAUGCAGCACUGGAUUUUAAAAAUGUAUCCAUCGUUGCCAAUUACAUAAAAGAACGAACGAAAAAUGCUCAAUUUAUUGUCAUCUCUCUACGAAGCAAUAUGUUUGAGUUAGCUUCGCGACUUGUUGGCAUUUACAAAACUGCUAACAUGACGAAGAGCGUUACUAUUAAGAACUUUGAUAUCCACGCUCGUAAAAUCGAAAAGCAAUCUGCCUCGAUAUAA